AUGCAUUUCACGUCUAAGGCAGAUUUGCACAACCACUUCAUGGAACGAACUGAUGAUAACCACUUCUGGUGCGAGAAAUGCGCCGUCCCGUUCAUGAGCCACGAAGAGUUCCAUCAGCAUACCGUGGGCAACGAGGCUCACUUCCGCUGCACUAGUUGUCGCAUAGACUUCGAUUUACAGAACGCCCUUCAAGACCACAAGAUGCAGAGCCCGGCGCACCAUUACUGCAGCACAUGCAACAAGGACUACGACGAUGCGGAAUUCCUGGAUCUCCAUAUGCUGAAGGCGCAUCAUCAAGUUCUUGACAGUAUGAGUCAACGCGUCUUCUCGAGUAUCGACCUUUUUCAUCGAGCAAUGAGACUGUAUGUCGAAAGGAAUGGGCGCGAGGCCGGGGCCAACUGAUUGAUCGAGGCACUAUGAUACCUGUCCUCUUCGCUUUUCGUUUGUCUGACUUACACAUUUCUUAUUCCUCCCUUGCCUCAAAUGUAUUUCCUCAGGGUUUCCAAGAGGCUUUAGGUUUUUUUCUAUUGUACGAAAGUCAACAUGAGAAUGAACGGGUAUCGAAUUGAGGCAGCGGAUGCCUCAGCUGGACAGACAACCAGAAUGGACAAGCAGAUAGUCACCAGAUAGUCACCAGUAAAUG